AUGUCAACACCAGAGAUCUUUUCGGAAAUAGAAGUCCCUCAACGUCCUCAUUCUGCGUUAUUGGCGAAUAAUUUUACGUCCCAGUUUUCUACUGCUACGAGGUCAACAUUUCAGCCAACUUUAAGUCAAAAUGGAGGACCACCAAGCUCAUCCACAACACCAAUCGACAUUCUCAUCGUCGGGGCGGGCGUCGCGGGACCGUUUUUGAGCCUACUCCUAUCCCAAUCCGAGAUUCCAUUCAAUAUUACGGUGUUAGAAAGAGCACCUGAUCGCAUAAGUUUUGGGCAACAGAUCGACCUAAGAGGCGCUGGGGUCAAGAUUUUACAAAAAGAAUUUUCUGAAUUACUGAAAGAGAUUAAAGAAGCCACCACAGAUGAAGCUGGCUUCAACUUUCUUGAUCAGAAGGGAAACGUUGCGGCAACUUUUCCAGUGCAAAAAGACAACGUUGAUUCCUAUCUCACUAGUCCUACAAGUGAUAUUGAGAUAUUAAGAGGCAAUUUGGUGAAACUUCUGAUUGAUGCAUCUCAGAGCCCCAAAUAUAAGCGGGGAGGUACGAAAGUACAGUAUAUCUACGAAGACUCUGUUGACAAGAUCCUCGAACCUUCCGUCUCUCCUUCUGGAAAAGUCCAUGUCACUCUUGCAUCAGGAAUUCAGAAAGAUUACGAUAUUGUUGUCGGUGCCGACGGCAUGCGUUCUUCUAUCAGGAGACUUGCGUUUAAGGAGUCACAAGAUGCUCUCAAGAGUCUAGGGCAGUACACUUCUUACUUUACAAUCCCGUAUGAACCAGAAGACGGUACUUUUGCGUCAUGGUUUAAUGCUCCACUCGGCCGUUGUAUCCUCCUUCGACCAGACAAUGCCGGUUGUACACGAGCCUAUCUUUCCAUCAUGGCAUCGGACUCGAACCGUAAAGUUCUGGAGAACUACCACUCGCUGUCUACCGCAGAGCAGAAGAAAAUGCUACGGGCUUUGUUUGAGGAUUCUGGGUGGAAAACUGGCCGAGUUCUAAGGGGAAUGCAGGCAAGUAACGACUUCUAUAUGCAAGAGGUCGCUCAAGUGAAAAUUCCGACUUGGUCCACCUCAAAUGGUCAGAUUGUUCUCCUGGGAGACGCAGGCUACUGUCCUUCUCCUAUCUCUGGAAUGGGCACUACGCUUGCUGUUGUCGGAGCAUAUAUUCUUGCCGGCGAGCUUGUCACCUCGAUACGUGCUCAGAUUGCAAAUUCGCAAGACAAAAUGCCGAAAAAGCUAGACUUUUCGGAAUCAGCUCGACUCUACGAGAUCAAAAUGCGCCCGUUUGUUGAGAAAGGACAGGCCAUUAUCCCAGGUGCACCAGCGAUCGCCAAUCCGAUGACGAGUUGGGGAAUCGAGGUUCUUUUGAGAGUUGUAGGAGUUGUGAGUUGGUUGAGUAGGAGCCGGAUUGCCAAGUUGUUCUCGUGGGUUGGAAGCUUCUUCGCGUCGAAGGAGAAAGAAUGGGAUGAUAAACUGGAUCGGUACGAGUUUGUCAAGCGUUGA